CCGUAUAGUGUGCUGACCCAAGUCUCGGGACCAAGAAAGAGAAUCCGACAGAACUCAGAUAAGGUCCAUUUUGCGCCUUCAACCGAAACUCCGAUUUGCCUCAAUGGAGUCUCUGUCUCCGGUUCUCUCACCGACCGCUGUGAAAUUCAGCUAUCCGAAGCUCGCUUCAAUGGCUGCCUAUGCAGCCACUCUUCCUUCGUUCUCAUUCACCUCCAUGGCCUCUGCACAGAGAAGAACACCUACUUCAAUACACUCUGCAAAACCCACUAAAACCCUCUCCGCAACAGCAACAACAAACCCAAUUUCGGUGCCUCCCAAGAAGGUUCUGGUUCCAAUUGGGUAUGGGACGGAAGAAAUGGAAGCUGUCAUUAUAGUUGAUGUUCUGCGCCGAGCUGGUGCUGAUGUUACCGUGGCCUCCGUGGAGCCGCAGCUCCAGAUUGAAGCUUCUUGCGGUACUAAACUGGUUGCUGACACCUCCAUUUCCUCGUGUUCCGAUCAAAUUUUUGAUCUUGUGGCUCUGCCGGGAGGAAUGCCGGGAUCAGUGAGGCUAAGAGACUGUGCAGCACUCCAGGAAAUUACAAGAAAGCAGGCUGAGGAAAGUAGGUUAUAUGGAGCCAUAUGUGCUGCUCCGGCAGUAACACUUCUGCCAUGGGGUCUUUUAAAGAGAAGGCAGACUACUUGCCACCCUGCAUUCAUGCACAAGCUUCCGACGUUCUGGGCAGUCAAAUCAAACAUUCAGGUGUCAGGAGGACUCACAACAAGCCGUGGCCCUGGAACUUCUUAUGGGUUUGCCCUUUGCCUAGUAGAACAGCUAUUUGGGGAAUCCAUUGCCAAGGAAAUUGGAGAAUCGCUGUUGAUCUGUCCUGAUGAUGAGAAAUCUAAAAAGGAGGAGUUUAAUGACGUUGAAUGGUCUUUUGAUCACAUCCCUCGAGUUCUGAUUCCAGUUGCAAAUGGAUCCGAAGAUAUUGAAGUAGUAACUAUUGUAGAUAUUCUGAGACGAGCACAUGUGGAUGUUAUAGUUGCUUCAGUUGAAAAAUCUGUGCGGAUUUUAGGAUCUCAAGGCACCAAAAUCAUUGCUGACAAGUUGAUUGGUGUUGCUGCAGAGUCAACAUACGACUUAAUCAUUCUUCCGGGAGGAAAUGCUGGGGCUGAGCGGCUAAGCAAAUCUAGGAUUCUAAAGAACCUCCUCAAAGAACAAGAACUAGCUGGAAGAGUAUAUGGAGCGGUCUGUUCGUCGCCAGCAAUCCUACAUAAACAAGGCUUAUUGAAGGGUAAGAAAGCCACCGCUCAUCCUUCCAUUGUAAGCAAACUCACAAAUGAAGUGAUAAAUGGCACCAAAGUAGUUAUCGAUGGUAAACUGAUUACAAGCAGAGGACUUUCUACCGUCACAGACUUUGCGUUAGCUAUUGUGAGCAAACUACAUGGUCAUGCAAGGGCAAGAAGUGUUGCAGAAGGCCUCGUUUAUGAUUACCCGAGGAGUUAGGAUGAUCUAGACUGAUAGAGUGAGAAGUCCUUGCGGAUGGAAGGCGAUACUUUCUUCAGCCCUUAGCCAUGAAGAGUAUAGUCUGCCCAACUCAUAAUAGGCAACGGAAGGAGAAUCUAGUUACCAAGCAGUUUUGGAUGGAUUUUUGAGUGUUGAGUUUGUCCAUCCGUUUCCCAAGUGCCCGUUCACAAAACAGAUACGUCAUCAUUGCAUUACACGACACUGCUGAUUCACCGGUCCAGGCUUCUAGCUUUAGCAAUUUAUGUAAAAAAUAAUGUGUUGGAGAUGGAAAGGCCUGAAUGUUAUGUAGAAUAUUUUUGUUGGUACGGCCGGCUGUAAAUGUUUUCAACUUUUAUGUCUUUUGGAUGGAAAGUUGAUGAGGAAUGUGAAGACUCUGAAAGAACA